AUGGGCUGCGCUUCCUGUGGUCUCCGGAUCAUCUCCUUAACCAGCGGUGUUCCUCUUUGUCACCCUAGUACCUGGCGGAGAGUCAACCGUAAAUACCAGAUGAACGAACUAGUUAAUCAGGGAAGGAUUCCUGAACAGGCGUGUUUAAACCAGCUUUGGAGAAAGAACAGACCUGGAUCAGCAGAAAGACGUCUCACCUCACAGCCUGGAACGCCUUCCCAGCAUCGAACUCAAAUCUCUCUUGCUGCGGCGGAAGUCCAAGGCAGCCGCUCCUCAUCCUUCCAGCGCGAGCUCCCGGGGUCCCUCCUAAGGCGGAUUCUCUGCUGGGGCCCGGACUGCUUCCCCGACCCGCCCCGACCCCGUCUCCUGCUCGUCUGGAAAGCCGCGGCUCCGUCGGGGAGGGAAGAAACGCACGGACACCCGCUCGCGCCGGGGCCGGAGGCGGCGCUGCGGCGCGGAGCGCGGGAAGGGGCCGAGCCGGGCGGGCGCGCAGCGCGGCGGGACGCGGGGACCCCCCGGCCCGGGCCCGCGCGGCCGGCACUCACCACCGCAGCGCGUCCCGGUUCGCGGGCCGCACAGGCCUGGCCGCCGCCGGAGCCCGCCGGACGCCGAGGACAGGAAAGGCCGGAGCCCUCCGGCUCCCUCCCCUGGGACACUUCCUGCUCCGCUCUAGGACCGGGGAGGUCUCCGCGUCUCAGUGGUUGGCUCCCCCGCCCCCCGGCCGAGUUCCCCAAGGGCACGCCGGAGUGUCGCCGUCUGGAAGGACCGAUCCCGGAGUGGCGGCGGAGCGCGGGAAUUGGGAAGACCUUGACGGAGGGCGAGGGAAGCAGACUCCUCGGCGCCGCGGGCGGCUGCGUUUCUGAAUCCUGCCUGCGCUCCCCCGACGCGCCUCCAGUACCUCUUCGCCCACACUCCAGGGCUUCCAGGAGACACGCACAGCUGGCUGUUGAUUUGGGUACGCUGUAUCCAGCGGAGGUGAUGGCCCAUGAGAACUCAGUAAGGGGUGGCUGGGAUGGCUGCAGCAGCAGUGGAUGGUGCUCCCCAGGCUAAGAGAGCACCGUCAAGGCCAGGUAGAAGGGCCUGGAAGCAGACCCCAGGAAUCCCAGCUUCCAGGAAGACAGAGAUUGCCUGCUGAUCUCUGGUCCCAGAUGCCACACCCCACUUCCGGGUUUUCCGCUGAACUGCCGAAGCCCCUGGACCUCCUCAGAAUUUCCAUCACGAACUUUCUCAACCAGUUUUCUCCAGAGGUGUGGGCCAUGCAGGAUUUUAGGCAGGAGCCAGGAAAAGGGGGCUGAGACCUAACCUUGAACCCUUCCUGGG